GAAGGAGGAGGCGCGCCCCCGGCUGGCGGAGGAAGAAGAGCAUCCUGAUCCUGCUGCUUCCACAUUUCAGUCACGCAGCUUUGCUCAGAUUUCAGAUGAGGCAUGGACGAUGUGUUUUUCCUUUCUGUCGCAGACCGUAUCUAAUGAAGAGAAAUCGCGCUUGGCAUCGAUGCUGUUUGCAUGUUUAGGGGAUUCGUUGUAGAUAAAUAACCUUCUGAGUAUUUCUCUGCAUUUAUUGCACCAACAGAGCAUCUGCACCUCGGCGAGAGCGACACAAAACAAGAAUCUCCUGCGGAUCGUUUCAUCAUUUUAAACCUUUUUCAUGCAAAACAAACGAAGAUAAUCAUACUUUUUGGAUACAUUUGGACUCAGAUCGAUUUGACAUCCAUAUAUUGCGAUGCGUAUCCUCCAAACGCAAUGAUGCUGCGGUGCGGGAGCAGUGAAGCAGCCUGAGAGAAGAUGCUGGACAAUGUGCUGUCUGGGUGGUACAGGACCGUAUCAGUAAUCUAAUGAAAACAAAAUCGCUCUUUGCAUCGAUGCAUGUUGCAAAUAAAGGGAUUCAUGGAGAAAUAACCGUAUUUUUUGGAUAAUCUGCAUUAAUUGCACACUCGUCGAAAGCGACAGAAAAGCAGACCCCCCUGUGGAUGUUUUUUUUGUUUUUGUUUUACACCUUUGACGUGCAAAGUAUACAACAAAUCUGCAUUAACUGCACACUCGUCGAAAGCGACAGAAAGCAGACCCCCCUGUGGAUGGUUUCAUGUUUUUUUUUACGUGCAAAAUAUACAAAAAAUUGGACACAGAUUGGUUUGAUAUCGACACACUGCGAUGCGUAUCAUCCAGCAGCAUGAUGCAUGUGAAAUAGCCUGAGAGAAGGUGCUUCUGGACACCGUGCUGUCCCGGUCCCCGGUCCUGAAUGCACGGGAGACAGACACCGACCCGGGUGUCACCGUCAGCCCCGGAUGCUGCGCCGAAGAAUGGGAUACGCCGACCCCUCGUCGGGUAAAGACAUCCUCGGCAAUAGGUCUCUUUGUUUUAUAUUCAUUUGCGCAUUUGGACUUGUCACGCUAUUGCAACAGAUUCUCUAUGGAAAAAACUACAUCAAGAGUGCGCAACAGUUUAACCGACUCAAAGGGGACGAGACAGGAAAUUGGACCGGUCCCGUUAAUUUCUCGGAUGACGGAUCUCUGAAGCCGGCCAGAAAUGGAAGGAAAAGAUGUUUCCGUCAGAAUUUUCAGCCAGAUUCACAGACCGUAAUAGUCACACCCUGCCUAUCCGAUAUUAAGAAGAAACAAAAGAAAAGGUAUCUGGAAAACUACGAUGGCUCAUAUGAGUACAACUCCACUGCAUGCAGGGAGCUCAGGCAGGAGAUCAUGGACGUCAAAGUCCUGUCAAUAAACAUUAAUCGGAAAAUACAUGGCCAUGGGUAUCCUUCCUCAUUCCACAAACCUCUCUGCCUGUCUGCCAGGGUCAAAACCUCGGAGCUGUUUGAGAGGUGGAGGAACCUGCAGGUGUGUAGGUGGGCGCAGAGCAAGGAGGAGACCAGCAACUUCAAGAUGUCUCUGUCUCGCUGCUGUAACGCUCCCUCCUUCCUCUUCACCACCAAGAGGAACACUCCUGCAGGAACCAAGCUGCGGUACGAGGUGGACACCAGCGGGAUUCUGCCCAUCACCGCAGAGGUCUUCAAGAUGUUCCCCGAUGAUAUGCCAUAUUCCAAAUCACAGUACAAGAAAUGCGCUGUUAUUGGAAAUGGCGGCAUCAUCAAGAACAGCAAAUGUGGAAAGGAAAUCGACUCGGCAGAUUUUAUUUUUAGGUGCAACAUCCCACCCAUCAAUGAGAAGUACUCGGCUGAUGUUGGCUCUAGAACAGAUCUGGUGACAAUAAACCCGAGCAUUAUAUCUGAGAGGUUUCAGAAGCUGGAGAAAUGGCGGCGACCGUUCUACGAAGUCCUCCAGAACUACGAGAACUCCUCGGUGGUUCUUCCCGCUUUCUACAACACCCGAAACACCGACGUGUCGUUCAGAGUCAAGUACAUGCUGGACGACUUCGACUCCCAGAGGGGCGUUUUCUUCUUCCACCCGCAGUACCUUCUGAACGUUCAGCGUUUCUGGGCGGUUCAAGGCGUCCGAGCUAAACGUGUUAGCAGCGGUUUGAUGCUAGUAACCGCCGCCAUGGAAAUGUGCGAAGAAGUCCAUCUCUACGGUUUCUGGGCGUUUCCCAUGAACCCCGCGGGCAUCUUCAUCACUCACCAUUACUACGACAACGUCAAGCCGAGGCCUGGUUUCCACGCUAUGCCACAUGAAAUAUUCAACUUUAUUCACAUGCACACUCGUGGGAUCCUCAACGUACACACAGGGCCGUGCACGUGAUCCCCCGCUCUCAGUAAAUAAGACACUAUUUCCCUCCUUUUUAGAAAGAGCGUCGGCCUUCAGAGCGUCUUUGCUCUCACUUAUUCCACGACACAGUGAAGGUUGCUUGCUUGAAUUGUCAACAUACUUCUAUUUUCGAUGUGUAUUAAGUUGGGUAACACUUAAGACUAAGGUACACUUAUUCACCAUCAACUAGUCGUUCUCGUUCAUUCAAAUAUUAGAGACAAACUAGCUUAUUUGUUAUCAACGAGGCUUCACUUUAAAAUAGGGAACAUAUUCCGAGUUAGAAAAACCUAAUUUUUCGUUAUUUUGACACAAUUAACACAUUCAUGUCUUGUUACAGAAGAAUAGACCAUAUUCGUUAGGUGUUAUUAUGGGAGAAUUACUAUUCUUGUGGUACUGCUACUGCAUAUUGAGCAUAUUAAGACCCACUCAUGUCCAAACUCUCAACUAAUGGCCUAGUACUUGUAGAAUAUGGUCAUGUAGAAUAAGGCAUUAAUAAGUGUUUUAUACUGACUAACAAAGAGCCAAUAUACUGCUAACAUGCAUGUUAAUUAAUAACUAGUUGAUGGUGAAUAUGUGUACCUUAAUAUAAAGUGUUACCUUAGGUUGAUCCGAUCACUAUGGUAAUCUCUGACUUUCUGACCAUUGGGUUUUAACGUGAAAGUGGUCGUCAUAGUGAUGUUGUUUCUGUGAGGUUUUUCUAGUGGCUCCGCUGUACAGAGGUGUUGUUUUCUACUCAACGUUGCUCAGAUAAGCUGAAAUUGGUCGCAGUGGGUGCCCCCCCUCAUCCCCCCGUCUUCUCUCUUUAUCCCGGGCACGCUGUGGGUGUGGCAGCUUUGUGUGUUUGUGUAAAACAAAACCUUCAUAUCAGCAAAAAUAAGUUAAAAAAACAGUUUAAUUGUAACAUCUAAUCGUCUACUUUUGUAAUCUAUUUCCCAUUCACCAGAGUGUUUUAAACCCUCUUUACUUUCUUCCAAUUCUAAAAACCUGCUCUGAUAUUUCUGGUUAUAGAAAAGCGUGUAUGAGACGAGGAUAUUACUCACCCCUCUUUUCUGUUUUGGCUCAUCCUGCUUUCGGACCAAAGCCAGAUUAAUAUUUUAAAACGUCGCCAUCUGAGCAAAAACAUUUUAAGGCCGUCCAAUUUGUAAAACCCCAUAAUACUGUUGAGCGCCUCUUGUCGUCAUUCAUGUCUUAAGCCAUGCUGCCUUAUGAGAUAAUAAACCCCUCUAUACGAUAUGCAAUGCACCCAUGUGUUUGCUAACCAACAAAUACAUUCAAUUAAACAACAUCUUAGUUUCUCCCUUGAGUCAAAGGACAUGUAGGACUCUUUAAAAAGGAUUAGGAAUUAGCCUGUAAACUCCUUUCCUACUCAUGUAAUGCUCUGCAUGACUUACUCUAUACUUGGCUUUGUGUGUGCCUGCUUCAAUGACCACUGAAAUAUGUUUACAAUUGGAGCUCACAGUGCUUUUGGAGAUGUAUACAAGAAACUGUUCACAGGAUGGAUUAGUUGAAAUGUACAAUAGUGGAUGCAGUUUUUAUCGGUUAUUACAGAUGCACGAAUGAAGAUGGUUUUUGUGACGACACUUUCAUGUUUUAUUUGACCUCCCUCUUUGCAAUGUGAACACUUAGUUUGCACUCUAGAAAGCAUUGUGCAUUGAAGCACUGCGAAGCUGACUAGUUUUUUAUUUUCGUUGUACGCUGCAAAGACUGUAAAAUAAUAUGUUGUCACUCCUCUGUUCAUGCUGAUAAGAUUUAUGUUAUUUCUGUCAUCAUAUAUGCAGACUUGUUGUGUGUUUAUGAGAGAUAUGAUGGACGUGAACACCAAAAAAUGGCUUUGGCUUUUGCUCGAACACUAAAAUUGUUGCACAGACACAAAUGAAUCGAGCAUGGGAAAGGAAGGUGUGUACUGAAUGGAGGUUAUAUAUAAAACGCAGUCUUCACUGACUCUGGAUCAUUCUUUAUACUGGUAUUGUGUUUGUAAAUAAACUUGUAUGGAUUUUCU